AUGGCUGGUAUGCUUCCCGGAGUUGAGUGCGCAAGGAGACGGCGCUUCCACGGCGGUGCUCCACCGAUUGACUUAUCCAACACGGCUUCAGUCGCGGUAGAACCAGGACGGGUCUGGACUCGGCGACCAUCGUUCUCGCUCUACACUACCAAUCAUGACCAAGCCUAUGUCUCCUUCUCGGAGGGAAAUGUUAGGAACAAAUCGUACGGUGAUAAUAACGAUGAGAAGCUCGUCGUAGCAGCCAAAGAGGCUAAGGAGAGGAUGGACUAUUGA